AUGGGAAAGAAAAAUAAAGAAUCACUUGGCCGAGCCUUAAUUAAAGACAGAUUUGCAAAAAACAGACACCGUCGACAUGUCGAAAACAAUACAAUGCUCCACACGACUGAAGUUAACGACGGCUAUGACUGGGGCCGUCUUAACCUGCAAUCAGUUACAGCUGAAUCUUCCCUUCAAGAGUUUUUGUCCACAGCUGAGUUAGCUAAUAGAGAAUUUGUGGCUGAAAAAUUGAAUAUACGCUUUGCUAAAUUACCUCCUUCCGUAGUUGAAGUAGCUACAUCACAACCAGAUUUUGAUGAACCACUUACAGUACCACGAAGACCCCCGUGGAAACCAGGUAUAACACCUGAAGAACAAAUAACUAGAGAGAGAGAUGCAUUCCUUGAUUGGAGAAGACAUUUAAAUGAGCUACAAACAAAAUUUGAAGCAGCAGUCACACCAUAUGAAAGAAAUUUAGAAUUAUGGAAACAGUUGUGGAGGACAUUGGAGAAAUCAGAUGUAGUUGUGAUCAUAUUAGAUGCAAGAAAUCCACUUUUAUUUAGAUGUGAGGACCUAGAAAAAUAUGCUGCAGAACAAAAAUGUAAAUGUAUACUGUUAUUGAACAAGGCAGAUCUAACAACUGAGUAUGCACGCAAGUGUUGGGCCGAAUAUUUUAAUAAAGAGAAUGUAUCCAUAAUCUUCUUUUCGGCCGCCAAAUGUACAAAAGAACGAAAGAUAUCUGAAGAAAGCAAUGAAAAUCAAACACAAAAUCAUAAUGACGAUGAUGAUUCUGGUACUGAAUCUAUAGAUUCUGAUGACGAGGAUAAUCCAAAUGCCUUAAAUGAAACUCAAGAUGACAUAGAAUUAUUUAAAAGACAAUUAGGUGAUCUUGAUAAUGCUGUUAAUAACACAGCCGACAGGAUAGAUGCAAUACAAUUAGCCCUGGAUAAAGUUCUAGAAAAUCUCAAAGCUGGAAAGCCAAUAGAGCCUUAUAUAAAUGAAGAACAAAGUAAAAUUGUUAUAAACAGUGAGGAAAUUAUAGAUAAAAAAGAUGACAAAGCAGAUGUAGUAACAAAUUCACAUGAAAUUUUCGACAGGGAAAGAUUAUUACAAGUGCUUAAAGAACAAAAAUUAGGUUUAAGUAAGUUAAAGAAUCCACCUAGAGUGACAAUUGGUAUGAUUGGAUAUCCCAACGUGGGCAAGUCAAGUUCAGUUAAUGUUUUAAUGCAAAUUAAAAAGGUCAGUGUAAGCUCAAUGCCAGGUCACACAAGACAUGUCCAAUCACUUGUACUAGAUGAAGACAUAGAAUUAUUGGAUUGUCCCGGGCUAGUGUUGCCAGCAUAUGCAGUCGCUCCAGAUCUCUUGUUGACUGCAGUGUUGCCAAUUGAUCAGAUGCGUUCUCACGACGCAGCGAUGGAGCGCCUCUGCCAACUGGUCAGCAGACACACGUUUGCGCACAAGUACGGCCUCCUCUUGCCGGAGUAUGAGGAAGAUGGGAAGGAAUAUGAGAAGAUACUCACUGCGCAUGCGUUCAACAGAGGGUUUAUGACGGCGUCCGGCCAGCCGGACAGGUCGCGGUCGGCGCGGCUGUUCCUCAAGGACGCGGCCAGCGGCCGCCUGCAGUGGGAGGAGCUGCCGCCGGGCUGCGAACCCGCACCUAUCGACCACUUGAUUGAUACCAGGAAGAAUGAAAGCAGAAAACCUACGCCGCGGGAAACUAGAGCUGUUGAGGGUUGGCAGAACAAGUCCGCUGAAAUCGACAAUUCCUUUUUCUCCAUGCAAAAGGGAGCUGCUCACGUCAAAGGGAAACCAAUUCUGGGAAUCUCAGUACCACAAGCUGUUGACAAACAAAUUAUUGGAAAGCCAUGGAAAAAUGAAAAGAAACAUGCAAAUAAAAACAAGAGGGAAAAGUUAAGAAGAGUCUACGCCCAUUUGGAUGAACAU